AGAUGCUUGGGCGGAUCUAACGGCAUGCAGUGGAGGAGCGGCGCACACAGUCGCGGCGAGAUUAGGAAGAAAACAUCCUCGAUCGGCGGAGGGUCACAAAUCAUCAAUUCUUUCACCAAGCCCGGUGAAAGGCGGAAGAACGGAGAGACUCCCCGGUGUACCCGAGGAGCGACGUCGUUUGAGGAGAUCUGAUUCCCUCGGCGGAUCCAGAGAAGAAAGCAGUUUCUCUGCUUAUUGACGAGCGUGAGAGACGGGGCGCAGCAGCACCACAUCUGGCGCAAAGGGAGUCAGGAGGAGAGAGAAAGACAGCCUUUGGCAACUCACCCUUAUUGCUCUCCCUCGGUCCUCCUUCCAGAGUCUUAUCCUUUGUUUUCGCCUGCUGUGAAGCCGCGCGUCCCAACCUGAGGAUUGCCUGAAAAUUACAGGAGAAUAAUUUUAUACGUUUCAACAACUCAGCUGAGACAGAACAAACUUUUGCCCCCCACUUUAAAGGGAGGCGCUGCGAGAAGAAAAAGGAACAUCGCCCUUUUCAGAAAUAGAGAAUAUCCAUCAUCUUAACUAAGGAGGACUUUGAACUUACCUGCAAAAAGACAAGUACUUUAUUCCAUUUAGAGUGCCAAUAAGAGGACAGCGCUUUGCGUCUCUCCAGUCGCUUGUAGCGCAGUAAGGAGAUCGGAGCGCAGUGUGUGAUUCGCUGCGUGGCUGAUUUAAAUAGUUCCUAUCAGGCCACGUAGAGGGGAGAAAAGAACCAUCAGCGGCCAACAAAGUGUUUGGCAGAAGGCGCUCGAGCUCGGCUGAUCCGUGCGCUCCAGCCAGCCUGCAUGCAUGGGAGCAGCCUGAGCCCGUCCCUCCUCCUCCUCCUCCUCCUCCUCCUGCUGUACAUUAUUACAACAAGGGAGACCCAAUCAAGCACGUAUCUCAUCGAUUCACGCACACACACACACACACACGCGCAGUAACGGCAACACGCACGUGCGCACACACGCACAUACUGAGUGUGUGACUUGCCCUCAACGGAUUUUUCAAAGCACUCUCGGACAAAUCUCGUAGCCGUGCCAGGCAGACAGGGCAGCGUGUGGGCGACCAGUCCUGGUCGUCACCUCCUUCUCCUCUUCCUCCUCCUCCUCCUCCUCCUCCUUCUCUUUCCUCCUUCGCUGUCGGUCCCAAGAAUAACAAACUGAGAAAGCUGCAUGUGUUUUUUCUUGCUCACCACUAACUGGACUUGCCAAGGGGCGAUUGGAUUUUUAUGAGAUGGUUUCGGGCACGUUUCAGCCGCUUCACCUCUUGGCUUUGAAUCGUGCGUGAUUAGCAGCAGGGAGAAGCGAAACCUCAUGGAUCGCGCGGCGGAGGAUCACCCCGUAAACUUGCCUGUUGCAGCCUCCGACGCCGAGUAAAGAGGAUCACACGGAGACACAAGGCGCUUUUCAACCUCCUUUCUGUGUUCUCGUACCGCGGAGCCCCCUCUGUUCCUGCUCCCACCGCGUCCAUCCAAGCCGGAGCGGGCGAGACAGCGACCGACGGAGAGAGCAGCAAACCGGGGGUUUUACUCCCCCUUCCUUUUUAUUUUAUUUUUUUACCCUCCUCGCAUCCACUGGCUCAGUCUCUUCUGAAUCAUUUUUGUGUUCGAAAACUGCACACCCUCCCCUGCUUACACCCACCCACCCCGAUCUAUGUGGGAGCCCUGAGAGCACACCCAGGGGGGGAAACAGUGUAUCAAAGCUCCGAGGAUCCCCCAGGCAACCUCGGAUCACCGGGGCCAGAGAAGAACUCCCUGCCGGGCCCCCGCAGCCGACAUGCCGCGGAGGAAGCAGCAAGCGCCUCGGCGCGCCUCAGCAUAUGUCCCUGAAGAUGAGAAGGAAGCAGCCCUGCUGGAUGAGGACCUGGAUGGAGAUGACUCGGGUCAGGAAGGGGAGGAACCCGCUGCCAAGUUCCUCAUUCAGGACAAGGACUUCAUCCUCAAGGACAGGCCAGGAUCCACUGGCUUUCAUGACUCCCCAAAUGCUGCUGACUUUUCUGGACAAGAGAUGGACAGUGAGUCUCACCUCAGUGAAUCCAGUGACAGAAUGUCAGAUUUCGAGAGCUCCUCUCUUAAAAACGAGGAUGAGGUCCUCCUCCUCUCAAAAGAUGCCGCCAAUGUCCUCUCCCUGUCUUCCACCUCUGCAAUGAUGGUUGCUGGCAAUGCUGCUGCCCCAGGCAGUGGAGAUGAGGCCAUAUCAGCCACAACAGGGUCUGUGGCUGACAGCCUGGAGAAGAUGAAGGCCAUCUACACCUCUUUCUUGACCAACUCCUAUUGGUCCACACUGAAUCUGAACCUGAGCCAGCCCCCUGCUGAAAAACCACCUCGUAGUCACAGCAGCAGCAGUAGCAGCAGCAGUAGCAGUAGCUGUGGAAGUGGAGGCUAUGACUGGCACCAGACAGCGAUGGCUAAAACCCUCCAGCAGGCCUCACAUAACCAUCAAAACAGACUGAGCCUGGUGCAACAUCCCACAGUGGCUGUAUCCACAGCAUCUACAGAACCACACCUCUUUAGUACUGUCCAACUUUACCGGCAGAGCUCCAAGCUGUACGGCUCUAUAUUCACUGGUGCCAGCAAAUUCCGCUGUAAGGACUGCAGUGGGGCCUACGAUACUCUGGUGGAGCUUACAGUGCACAUGAACGAGACAGGGCACUAUCGUGAUGACAACCACGAGACAGAUGGUGAGGGAGCUAAACGCUGGUCAAAGCCUAGAAAGCGUUCCUUGCUAGAGAUGGAGGGGAAGGAGGAUGCGCAGAAAGUUCUGAAAUGCAUGUACUGUGGGCACUCCUUUGAAUCCCUUCAGGAUCUGAGUGUUCACAUGAUCAAGACAAAACACUAUCAGAAAGUGCCUCUGAAAGAGCCUGUUACACCAGUGGCAGCUAAGAUUAUCUCGUCUGCUCGAAAGAGAGCCCCUAUUGAUCUAGACAUCCCCAGCUCUCCCGACUCCAAUGGAGGGGCCACACCUAAGCCCAACGCCCUCAGUGACACUAAUGACAUGCUUCAGAAGGUCAGCAACCCUUACAUCACACCCAACAACCGCUACGGACACCAGAAUGGUGCCAGCUAUGCCUGGCAGUUUGAAUCCAGGAAGUCUCAGAUCCUCAAAUGCAUGGAGUGCGGCAGCUCUCAUGACACACUGCAGGAGCUGACUGCUCACAUGAUGGUGACAGGACACUUUAUUAAAGUUACCAACUCUGCUAUUAAGAAAGGCAAGCCCAUUAUUGAGCCACCCACCCCAGCCCCAAUACCACUCACAACAGUUGAAGAAAAGUUCCAGUCUGUACCCCUGGCUGCCACAACCUUCUCCCCUCCACCUGCUCCAGUGCCCCCUCCAACCAGCCUCUCCCCCAUUGCUAUGGUUGUUGAGAUAAAAAAAGAGGAGAAGGAAGAAGAAUGUACUAAAGAGUCAAUCAUCAACAACGGUAAUAAUCUUAACAAGGAGAAGAGGGCAGGAGGUGAUGACGAGGCAGAGGAGAAGUUUGAUAUUUCUUCAAAGUACUCUUAUCUGACUGAAGAAGAUCUGGAAGAAAGUCCAAAAGGUGGUCUUGACAUCCUAAAGUCCUUGGAGAACACAGUGACAUCAGCCAUCAACAAAGCCCAAAAUGGAGCUCCAAGCUGGGGCGGUUAUCCCAGUAUUCACGCAGCCUACCAGCUCCCAAACAUAAUGAAACUCUCUCUAGGCAACUCUGGAAAGAGCUCCCCUCUUAAAUACAUCUUCCCUGGAGGGGAGAUCCUCUCUCCCACGAGUAAGAACCUGCCCCUGAUCUCCCCGUCCGGCUGCCAGACCUCCCCGCUGGCCAAAAACAACUUCCAUGCUAUGGAGGAGCUAGUCAAGAAAGUGACAGAAAAAGUGGCCAAGGUUGAGGAGAAAAUGAGAGAACCAAGCGGUGCUGUGAGAGGAUCUCCUCUGAGACGUACCACUCCCUCACCCUGCAACAGCGAAGCAGGGGACUCCAUGCGAGGAGAGUCCCCAAAAGAAAAUAGAGCAAGGAGCUGUAAAACUCCAGAGAGUUCAAGUAGAGUGGAAAAAGUAGUAGAUGAUGGAAGUGGAGCCAAUCACAGAGAUUCAAACGGUGACAUUCCCACAAAAGAGUCUAUGGAGAAUGGUGUGGAGUCCAAUGCUGUGACAUCACCUUUACCUGCCUCCCUAUGCGGCAGUACAGCCAUCAUCACAGAUCAUCCACCUCCAGAACAGCCAUUCGUCAACCCUCUCAGUGCACUGCAGUCAGUAAUGAACGUCCACCUGGGGAAGGCUGCUAAGCCUGCCCUGCCCUCCCUUGACCCCAUGAGCAUGCUGUUCAAGAUGAGCAAUAGCCUGGCAGAAAAAGCAGCAGUGGCCGCUUCUACCCCACCAGCACAGACCAAAAAGCCCAGUAAUGACCACUUAGACCGCUACUUCUACCAGCAACAUCCGAGCAAUGACCAACCCAUAGAUCUCACCAAAGGCAAACAUGCUGACAAAAACAGCAGCACUGGUUCUUUGGGUUCAGCAGCUCUGUCUUCUACCACAUCCACCCCCUCCUCAAUUUCUCCCUCUGCCACCAUGACAAUGACCAAAGCCUCAGCUGCAGUAGCUUCCUUUAUGUCUUCAUCUCCUUUGCGAGAAAAUGCGCUGUCCGAUAUAUCUGACAUGUUGAGGAACCUGACUGAGAGUCAGGCUGUCUCCAAAUCCUCCACACCUACCAGCCUCUCUGAGCGCUCUGACAUUGAAGGACUGACACAAGAAGAUACAGAGGAUAUUUCACCGGCCCAGAAACGUAAAGGACGUCAGUCAAACUGGAACCCUCAACACCUCCUCAUCCUACAAGCCCAGUUUGCUUCCAGUCUGAGACAAACAAGUGAUGGCAAGUACAUGAUGUCAGACCUGAGCCCACAGGAGAGAAUGCACAUCUCCCGCUUCACUGGCCUCUCAAUGACUACAAUAUCACAUUGGUUGGCCAAUGUCAAGUACCAGCUGAGGAGAACCGGUGGCACCAAGUUCUUGAAAAACUUGGAUUCAGGUCACCCAGUGUUCUUCUGCAGUGACUGUGCAUCUCAGAUCCGUUCACCAUCCACCUAUGUCAGCCACUUGGAAUCCCACCUGGGUUUCCGUCUGCGAGAUCUGGCAAAGCUCUCUGGAGAGCAGCUGCUCAGCCAGAUUUCACACCAUCACCAACAACAACGCCACACCAAAGGACUAUCUGAAAAACUGCUCUCAAAUCUUCACCCAUCCAGCCAUCCUUUGCCCUCGUCUUUGCCCACAUCCCUACCUGCCUCCUUACCCAUCUCCCUGACCUCAUCCUUAAUCAACUCUCUGCCCUCAAACGAAUCCCCGUCACCCACCCCUGACAAUGACGAUGACAUUGGGGCCGUAUACCAGUGCAAGCUCUGUAACCGGACUUUUGCGAGCAAGCACGCGGUCAAACUUCACCUGAGCAAAACUCAUGGGAAGUCCCCCGAGGACCACCUCAUGUACGUGAGUGAGCUGGAGAAACAGUAGCACUGGCAAAGGACAAUGCUGCACUCUUUUGUAACAGCUCACUUUCUUGCUCUCUUUUUGCAUUUCACAGACAUUUCUUUAAAAAAAAAAGGAAAGGAUUAUUAAUGUGAUGGAACUGCACAAAGAUGCCAUACAACUACUGCUUUGAGUUUUGGCACAUGGUUUAAAAUUUUGUGUUGUAGUUGUUUAACUUUUGUUUAUAUGUGAGGUAGACUCACUCCUGCCCGAGACACUUGAUUUAAGUGAUCACCUUUGACAUGAUAGAGACUUUUGUCAAAGUGUGCAGACUGGGACUGGUGUCAUGGAAAAGAUAAAGUAUAUGAAGGUUUAAAAAAUGAGAUUAUAAUAUGAAGUGGUGUGUAUUUUGAAACGUGUGUAAAUGGAAUUAAGGUCCUUUAUAUUUUGGCAUCAUUGGGGUGUGAAAAGAAGCAUGCAUAAAUGAAUCCGUUUGGUUAAACAUUUUAUAACUAAACUGGUGCACUUUCCUUUUUUAUUAUUUUAUUUUAUCCCCUUGUCUCUAUCUUUUUCCUUUUUUGCGCUGGAGUCAGCAUUUAAAUUUAACCCUCUGAGUACGUAAAAGCACUUCUUCACCUACGAUCCAAACAGUUAAGGACUUCAGAUUUGUGAUUGGGAACUCUUGGAGCUGAUGUGAGAAUUAGACGGACAUAUAUCGAGUCUAAUUGUAGACAUGAAAGCAUUUUUCAAAAGACAGAUUCUCUUUUCACUGCAAGGUUUUCAUUCUGGUCUCAAUGUUUGUCUGAGCGAUGCUUGCAAGAUUUGACACAAGCACUGAAGCUUUGUGAUAGAAAAGAAAAAAAAUCUUUACUUUGGUCGAUCAGGGACCUAAAUUAAUUCAGGUCUGUGUAAGAUAUGUACAUAAAAUGUAAUAACUAAUUCCUGUCUAAAUUAUGCAUCAUUUCUAUAUUUUUAAUUUAAAUGGAUUAUGACUAUCUGCUGGUGCACAGUAUAUGAAGACAUGAAAUAAAUUGUUUUGCACAAUAGUUUUAUAAAUGUGUUAUUUAAUCAAAGGACACCACACAAAGAAAAGUAGCAAAAGGAUGACAACAGGUGAUUCUUUUCCUCCCCAACUCGUGCUCAAAGGGUUAAAGACUGUUUCUACCAGACACUGCUCUACAUGUGCCACUGUAUGAACACUAAAAAGAUAUUGAAGGUUGUACAAAAAGAUGUGACUUUAUGAAGAUAUUUCACAUGUAAACUGUUAUUUAUAAGCACUCUUGGUUGUUUCAUAUUGUUGAAUGCCUUUUUCAAUUGGUCCUACUUUUUUUAUUUUUGUUCUGCCUAAUUACUCUGCCAUGAUUCCACACUGCAGCUUUAUCUUUUUGGGAUAUGAAAGGUAACCAUGGUUACACUAACCUCUUGAGUGACAAGUUCUGCUACAUUUUUGGCAGUUAAUUUGCUGAAGUAACUGACAGCUGCCAGUGUAGUGAAACAAAAAAAAAGAAUCCUUAUGUGUAAAAUAUCGGCAUGUAAACAGCACAGAUACUGUAAUGCAUUCUGUGCCGUUUGUCUUUUUCAUUUCCUUCUCUCGUUUUCUGUUGUUGUUGUUCUUGACAAUGAUCCCCCCCAUUAUAUGACUUCAUAUAACCUUGUUUUCUACUGCAGCAUUAAAAAAAGGAAACUGUUUUUUGCAAUAA